AUUAUAUUUAUUCAAUGUUAUAUUUUUUCUUUAGUUUCUCGCAAAUUGAAAUAGACGAGGAAGUUGUCUUUAAUAGAUGUCUGUGUGGAUCAAUCACGAUAAAUGGAUUGUUAUAAAAUACACAUUACACAACAUUCUCUCAAAUCUUCCAAUUACUUAAAAAUAUACCAGGCAGGAAAGACACGUCACGGGAUGACGAUUUCGUCGAAUGAUAUCGGUUGACGCACCAACCGAACUCCGUUGAACGUGUUUACGCGUGGAAUGACCGGAGUUGGUUGAUAAGACAAUCAUUUCCGGCGGGAAGGAAUCGUAGGAAAAAGAGUCUGCGGUCGGAGAUUUUCUCCUUUUCCCUUUGUCUUUGAAAUAUCCACCGGAUUUACGCGAGGAACGAGAGAGAACCGCGAGAGAGAUUAAUGGAAGCUAAAUAUAAAACACUGUUUUAUAAACACGUGUGGGUAUCCUGGGAUAUACAGAGCUCGAAUAGUCGACUAAGUGUUCAGUAAUAGCGAGCAAGAGCGAGUGAUGGGCACGCACUAGAUUCAUCCAUUCUACAAGAGGUUUGCUCAUCAAAUGAUGGAUUUAACAAUAUGUUUUCCGUCAUCCGCUGUUAGUCGUAAAGUUAAUACUUGAAAAGAUCGUCGUCUAGUGACAAACGUAUCAUUGUACACGUGGAAGUGUGCGCUGUUAUCAAUGCAUUGCCGCGUGAAUGACAAUGAACUAAUCGAGAGAAGAAAUUUUCCGACCUUUCUACACGAUUGUAUCUGUUUAUAAUCUAUUUACAACUCAUUCGUGUGGUUUAGAUGAUUUCUUUAAGAAUUCAAAGGUGGACAUAAUCAUGUCGAUUCUCAGUAAGAAGAAUUUUUUCGUAAGACUCUCCGACAGUCGUCUGACACGAGAGGCACCGAGAACGGAAGCUGCCAGCAAUGGAACGCCGUCCAUCGUGAUCAAUGACAAGGAAGAGCAUGAGGAGAUUUGGAUGAGUGAAAUUGACGGUGGCAGCAUCUCCUCCGAGAGCAGCUCGGACUCCGUCACCUGCCACAUACCAACGGCGCCGAUGACACAAGAGCAACCUUGGAGCGCGAAGGAAGUCGAAGCGGCGCUGUUAAAUCUUCCAGGGGGCGAAGUCGCCAUCUCCCUGAUCCCUUCUCUUCAAGAUGACACUCUGCAAAAGGCUUUAGAGGAAUUCAAAUGCUUGGCUCUCAACAAAACAAAACUGGAUUGCAGACAUCGCAAGCUUUCGUUGCCUACAUUCGCGAACGGGUUUAUGCGUAAAGCUCUGCUAAAUAGCGAAAACGGAGCAGCGGCUGCUACAACUCCCGGUCAGCUACUCGCAGGAUGGCCGGACACGUGUCUAUUGGCUUCUAGCUGGUUGGGUCACGUGGAGGUUGCGAGGGCUUUGCUGGACAAAGGCGCGCCAGUUUCUACGAGUGACUACGACGGAAGGACGCCGUUACACUUGGCAGCCUGCACCGCGUCCGUGAAACUUGUGGAGGAGUUACUGAAACACGGAGCCGAUCCACACAAGUGGGACCUCGGAAAGAAAUGCACCCCAUUACACUGCGCUGCAGCGGCGGGUUGCGUCGCCACCGUCAAAUGCCUCAUCAAAUCGGGCGCGAACGUGGACGCCGGACUGUCCGGCAAAAGCCCGCUUCACUAUGCCGUGCUAAACAACGCCGGGGAUUGUGUCGAGGCUCUACUGCAAGCAGGUGCUUGUCCCAAUAAUCCACAGGUUUACACAGAGACACCGCUGCACGUGGCGGCUACCUUGGGCAACGUAUGUUGUACGAAACUGUUAUUGAGUCACGGAGCAGAUGUGAGAGUGCAACUGGGAGUCGCAAGGUCAACACCUCUACACCUGGCAGCCGAAGAAGGCAGCGUGGAGUGCACCAGGUUAUUGCUGAAUGCUGGUGCGGACUGGGAAGCGAAGAAUUCGCGCGGUCAGACGGCAAUGCACCUGGCAGCGCUUGCUCAAUCUGCAGAAACGUUAGACCUGUUAAUAAACGCCGGUGCGAAAGUCAACGCAGAGGACGACGACGGGCGAACUCCUCUACAUGCCGCAGUUGCAAAAGCUCUAAGGAGUGGCGAACUGGUCAAGACUUUAAUACAAGCAGGCGCCUCGGUCAACAAGGCAGACAAGUUCGGCUACACGCCGUUGCACACCGCGGCCCUGAACGAGAGCUCGCCCACGGUGGUGAUACUGUUGUCGAAGGGCGCCGACGUGACAGCGCGCACCAAGGGUGGCGUUACCGCCCUUAGCUUCAUUAUACGCCGCACUCCGGACGUGUUGCCACGCUUUGUGGCGCGUUUCGACCAGGCAAUCUCGCUGCACGAUCACGAAUUGGGCGACGUGGACUGCGAGCUGCGGCUGGACUACCGGCCGUUGGUGCCAGGCGGCCGCGGCGAGACGGAUCUGAUGCUCUGCCUGGUGGAGGUCGGUCAGGGUCAUGUACUGAAGCACCCGUUGUGCGAGAGCUUCCUCUAUCUCAAAUGGCUACGCAUCCGCAAGUUCUUCCUUCUCAGCCUGAUGUUUCACUCGAUCUUCGUUGCCCUCUUCACCGGCUAUGUCGGGGCAACGUAUCGCUGGCAAGUGAAACGGCUCAGCAACGUUCUCCUCUGGCCAGUGCUAGGAUUCACCUGCGUUCUCGCCUGCAAGGAGCUCUUUCAAGUUGCUCACGGUAUUUGUUGCUAUGCGAGACGCUGGGAGAACUGGCUGCAGUGGAGCGUGAUUAUGGCGUCCGGCAUCAUCCUGAUCCCUUCGGCGUACACCUGGCAGCAUCACGUCGCCGCCCUGGGUGUCCUACUGGUCUGGAUCGAGUUAAUGAUGGUGGUCGGUCGCUUCCCCAUGUUCGGUAUCUACGUACAAAUGUUCACUCAAGUGUCAAUCAACUUCUUUAAGUUUCUCGCAGCCUACGUUUGCCUCAUAGUCGGCUUCUCCCUCGGCUUCAGCGUGCUGCACAAGAACUACAAGUCCUUCGCCAAUCCACUGGUCAGUCUACUCAAGACGGUAAUUAUGAUGUCGGGCGAGCUCGAGUUCGAGGACGUCUUCUUCGACGAUGAAGCGCCGCUCCAGUAUCCCGGCACGGCCCAUCUGAUGCUCCUCGGCUUCGUUAUUCUAGUGACAGUGAUCCUAACGAAUCUCAUGGUCGGUCUAGCUGUAUCGGAUAUCCAAGAGCUCCGUAGAUGCGCCGGCCUUGAUCGACUAGUGCGCCGCGCCGAGCUCGUGGCUCAUCUCGAGAGCAUGCUGUUCUCCAAGCUUCUGGAUCACGCUCCGGCACGCAGGAUAAUACGGGCGUGUAGGAGAGGCGCUCUACUGCUACACCCGCCGUAUCACUGCGCUUUGCACAUUCGACCGAACGAUCCGCGCGAGAAACGCUUACCGCGAGAACUCGUCCGAGCGAUAUAUCGUCUGGUCAGCGAGAGAAAGACACGGAGGGCGACUUUCAGGGGCGGCGCGCCCCCGCUGCCGCGAAAUGUUAACGCGACUGUGGCGGACUCGAGCCACGCGAGGGUCAGCAGGAUGUACAGCAAUGAGAGCAACCAGCUGCAGCUCAACGAGCUGGCGGCCGAAAUGAAAAGAUAUUCGUACAACGUCAGUAAGAGGCUAGACAAUCUGACCGAUAAGGUGGAGAGUAUCGCUAGGGAUUUGAACGUGUCGACUCACUUGCAUUAAUGCUGGCCUAAGAACCUCAGCAGAUUAGCUGACUUGUAAUUUUGAAACAAUGUCUAUAAAUUACUAGCGGCCUUACCCGGCUUCGCUCGGGUCUCCUUUCUCUUGAAUCGCCGUUUUUUUUAAAUAUUAACGCAAUAUAUUAUUCUUAUUCAAUUUCUUUUUUCAAUUACUCUUUAUUUCAUUUCUCAAUUCUAUUUAAAUUAAUUUUCCCAGCUUUCCUCCGGUAACAAGAUCCCCUUGUCCCUCUUUUAACUUAUUUCUCCACAUUUAUUGUAAUUUUAAUUUUUUGAAAAUAUUUAUCUAUUAUUAAUAGUGCGGUAAAAUUGUUACUUUUGUACGUUUACGUACAUACGUUUAUUCUUUGCAAACGUUGUCUUUGUAUACGUACUUAAGACUUGACACACAGAACUGUUAUUGUGCUCCAAGUUUUUGUCACUUAAAAGACUUUGAGCGUAAAACAUUAUCUUAAAAGUACAAUACACCAUUCCGUGGAGGCUCUAAUCACUAUCUAUAUUACGUUUUAAAUUAUUUUGAAAAAUAAGUGCAAAAAUCUGUGAAGUUUCCAAAAAUCAGGAUAAUUUUCAGGCGAAAGAGACAUGAAUUGUCAGGACCUAAUACUAAUCUAACCACAUAUGUACAGGGUGUACGGGUGGUCUGGGACACCCUGUACAUAUACAAAAUCUAACAAUAAGCCUUACUU